AUGGACAAUGAGCCGCCCCAGCAGAUGAGGUCGAGGGAGCCGUCGCAUACGUUAGAGUCCAGCUUUGUGAUCGAGGGCGACGCCUGCGACCUCGAAGAGAGCGGCCCCGUAUUGGGUCUGCAGUCCGACGCCUCGCUGAGCUCGUUCCACAACGACCCGGCGUGCCAUGACCCACACCUCGGCCUCGAGAGCGGCAAGCUCGCCGACCCCACAAUCGUCGACCACGGCGACCACCACCAUCACAAGAAAUCCGCCGGCAAGCGCAACAUUAAUGCGUUCCAGCUGGCCAUGCUGACGUAUUUCUUCACCUGCGGCGGUCCCUUCGGUAUCGAACCGUCGGUCGGCGCCGCCGGCCCCGUCAUCACCCUCGUCGCCCUCUUCCUCGUGCCCGUCCUCUGGUCCCUGCCUCAAGCGCUGAUGUCUGCGGAGCUUUCGUUGAUGGUGGACGAGAACGGCGGCAACAUCGUGUGGGUGCAGCGCGCCUUUGGGCCCUUCAUCGGGUGGAUCAACGCCUUCAACUACCUCGUCUCCGCCUUCGCCUCCAUGGCCCUCUACCCCAUCCUCGUCAUCGCCUACCUACCCCAGCACUGGCAGGACGAUCUGACGGACGGCGAGGCGUUUGCGAUCAAGUUUGGCUUCGUGUUCAUCAUCAUGCUGAUCAACAUGUGGGGCAUCUCGUGGGUCACGCGCCUGUCGCUCAUCUUCCUCUUCUUCAUCCUCUCCCCGUUCCUCGCCGAGUUCAUCGCCCUCCCGAUCAUGGGCGGCCUCCAGUGGGACCGCCUCGGCGACGUCCCGGCCUUCACCGACAUCCAAUGGUCCCUCUUCAUCUCCACCACCCUCUGGUCCUUCGGUGGCUAUGACUCCAUGGGAUCGGUGGCGGGCGAGGUGAAGGACGGCCGCAAGACCUACAUCACGGGCAUCUCCAUCGGCCUUCCCCUCAAUAUUUUGAACUAUUUCCUGCCGGUGCUGGUGGGUUGGGUCUACACGCCCGACCGGAGCGUGUGGGUGUCGGGCUACUUCACCACCCUCGCCUACAAGAUGUCCUCCGUCCUCGGGUAUUAUAUGAUGGCGGCGUCGGUGAUGUCCAACUUUGGCACGUUCAACGUGACGAUGGCCUCCAUGGCCCGCGUGCUGUGGGCCAUGGCCCGUGCCCCCGGCGACGCCCAGCAGCUCCCCUCCUUCGUCGCCCUCUCCUGGCGCCGCGCCAAGACCGGCACCAUCCGGCCGAUCAUGGGAAUCGUGAUCGUAGCUAUCGUGGUGACCAUGCUCUCGCUCCUCUCGUACGACAUCCUCGUGCAGGUGACGAUGUUCAUGCGAGUCGUGAAUUUGCUGUUGGAGUACUUUGCGCUCAUCCGCCUCAAGUACACCGAACCCGACACCCCGCGCCCGUUCGUCGUCCCUGGCGGCAAGUUGGGGGCCUAUCUCAUCGUCCUCCCCACCAUCGCCCUCUCCGGUUUGUUGUUCGCGGGAGGCGACUGGCAGCUGUGGACGAUCACCGGCGGCGCCAACGUGAUCAUCGUUCUGACCUACUUCCUCAAGGUCGCCGGCCAGUGGCUCUGGCGGCGAUACUCGCCAUUGGCACCCAACGACGAAGAGACCAAACGCAUCAUCAACUGA